AUCAACGUCAACGAACAGCUUGGCAACAGCUUCAAACACGUGCCCAAUCAAAGUAACCAUAGACAACAGUGACAUCUUUGUUCUGCUUCCUCCCCGCUGUCAGCUACAUUAAAUUCUUUCUGUACACAAAGUUUAGUUCGUCCGUUUUUUUUUGUUAUUGUUUUGCUAUUGGUUCGGUACAACAAAAGAAAAAAACAUGCAAACUUCACAGCAGCUAUCGUCCGGGCACCGGAACGCGAACGAAGACGAGGACGACGAGGACGGCGAGUCCGAGCUGCUCGAUCUGGCCAUCGUCGGUGCGGGCAUCUCGGGCCUGAUGGCGGCCAAAACGAUCAGCGAGAAGCGGGCGGACAUACGCUUCCGAUUGUUCGAGAAGUCCACCCAUCCGGGCGGCACGCUGGACGGGCUGAAAACGCGCUGGAUAACACCGCACCACUACCACGCGAUGAACCUCUGCCGGGAGCUGCAGAUCCCGCUCGGCACGGUUUGGCGCCAGUCGGAAGCUAGUGAAGCGCGACGCUCCCUCGUUUCGAUCGGUCCGUUUCGGAAGCGUCCCAGCGGCUCGCAGGGAGCGAACAGCUUCAUGUCCUCCCUUCGCGACCUGCUGGUACGGCUGGAAAGUACCCGGUUUAUGGCGGAGCUGGACUGUCUCUGCACGGUAAAGUACAUCGAAAGCAACGCCCAGAACAUGGAAUGCUUUCUGCAGAGAAAGUUGCUCUUCGAAGCGUCGAGGCGAUUUUUUCGUUUUCUCAUCAAAAUCGGCACGGGCUUCUACCCGUCCGAGCUGACCGUGGCCGCCUGCCUGCGGCUGUUCCGUUCGAUGUCGUCCGUGCGCGAUCUGUACGACAUGCUCACGCUACAGAACAGCCACCUUCAGCCGGCCGGUUCGCCCAACUGGGACGUACUGAUCGAACGGCUCGUGGCACGCGUCGGCCCGGAGCACGUCACCUACUCGACCAACAUUGUGCAGGUGGAAAUUAGCAGCGACCAACGGUCGGACAUCGUCUCGCUAACCGACGGGACCGGCCGGCGGUGGCGUGCGCGGUUCGUCAUUUUGGCCGUCUCCUGUCUCGAUCUGGUCCAGAUUAGCAUCCUGCCCGAGGGACCGCUCUACUUCCACCAGCCCGACAUACAGCUCGGGCUUUGGUCGAUGGCCAACUUUACCGUGCGCUAUCCGGCUCCGUACUGGCGCGAUCACGGCUACACCGGCAGCAUAUUCUGCCCCGCCCAGUGCCUAAUAUGCUACGAAUCGGGGGGCAAUCAAUUAUCCGGCACCUACUUUUCGCCGCUCCGGGGCGUCCUGAACGAUACCGAGCGGCAUCUCAUCCGCGACACGAUACUGCGCCUGCUGCGCACGAACUUCGCCUGCCGCACGAUGCAGAAGCCGCUGGAAUUCGGCCUCGAACUUCACCCGAUACCGUUCUACUUCGACGUGUUUCCGACGUUCGAGCGGUGCAUCAUCUUCUCCUCGACCAAUGUUAGCUGCUGGUACCGGGGGUUCAUCAACGGGUCGAUCCAGGGCGGUGUGCGGGCCGCAAUUUUGGCGCUGCUCGAGAUUCGACCGCAAACCAUCACCUUCCGGGAGGUGACCGAUAUGCAGUGUAUGCACUUCAAGUAUUUCCGCCAACGGUCCUCUUAUGAGCGCGUCUGGUACUCGUUGAACCUUGCGAGCGUGAGCCGUUUUUUGCUGGGAGUCGGUGCUGUCCUACUCACGUACGGCGCUUAUCGCGUGCUGCUGAAGGCUGACAUUUGUUCCUGGUGGUCAAAUCGUUGACUGUUUGUCUGUAAUACAAAAUUAACUCCGUAUCUGA